AAACCCCCAAAGAACACUAACUCAUUCACAGCAACAGCAAAAAUACUCUCAAAAGAGUGAAAAUAAAUAAAUAAAAAUAAAUAACAAACAUGAAGAAAGUUGGAUCGGUUCAUCAUAAUCAUAAUGUGACCGUCUUAGGUUCGGGGGAGACCACAGUUGUCCUCGGCCAUGGAGCCGGCAGCGACCAGUCGGUGUGGAAGCACCUUGUCCCACACCUCGUGGACGUUUACACUGUCAUUCUCUACGAUGACAUUGGUGCCGGGACCACCGACCCCAACCUCUACGAUUUCAACCGCUACUCAUCCAUCGAUGGCUACGUGGAAGAUUUGAUCGCCAUUUUGGAUGAACUCAAAGUCGAGGGAUGCAUUUUCGUCGGGCACUCGCUGUCCCCUUUGGUGGCCGCCAUAGCCUCGAUUUCCAGACCCCAUCUCUUUCGUAAAGUAAUAAUGGUUUCCGCUACCCCGAGAAUGGCAAACUCGGAGGACUACCACGGAGGCACCGACCAGGAAGCGAUCGACCAUAUGCUGGCUGUCUUGGAGAAGAAUCCCACAUCUUUCUACGCGGACAUUGCCCCGCGAGUGGUGGGCGGCAGCCCGGACUCGGAGGCCGUUGAGGAGUUCAAAAGAACCCUCAAUAAUGAGCGGCCGGACAUUGCCUUAAACAGGAGCCGCUGGGUAUUCUCUUAUGACCUGAGGCCAUACCUCGGCCAAAUCACCGUCCCCUGCCACAUCAUCCAGAGCUCCAAGGACGCGGUGGUGCCGGUGGAGGUGGGUGACUACAUCCACCGGAGCUUGGGCGGGAGGUCGGUUUUGGAGGUGAUUCCAACAGAGGGUCACGUGCCGCAUCUCAGCUCCCCGGAGCUCACAAACCCAGUGCUGCUCCGCCACAUACGCCAGGACAUCUAGUUAUUGGGCUUGGUUUGAUGUCAUUUGUUUGAGUCUGUAAUUAGACGGUGCUAAUUACUUUAGCGACACGGCAUUUUGCAUCGUUUGAUGUUUGAUCCUUUUCUAAAACCAGAUCCCAAUAGCUUUCGCGUCUUUCUAAAUCCUGAGUGUGGCUCUCCCUUAUUUCGGCAUCCGGUGUCGGUCCGAUAUGUAUUCAAACGUUGGUUUUGAUAUUUAUGAGUAUUUCUAUCGUUUCGAAAAAAUAAAAAAAAAAAAAAUUAAUCAGUUAAUAGAUUUUGAAAUAAUAAAAAAGAAUGGAAUAAUUAUUUAUUAGAAUAAU